GUUGAGCAUCAGUGGGAGAACUUCGCGUUCAGUUUCGCGCCAGAAGGCUGGCGCGCGAGGUACCACAUCUACUCUCCAGGGACCAAGCCUGGUGGUGGUCAGCAGCACCGCCCUGGACUGUCUAAGAAUGGAUGCUACCUCGUCCGGCUCUUCUACCUCGGCGCCUGGAGAUGCGUCUGGGUCAGUGACCAGGUCCCAGUCGAUGCCACCGACUCCCCCCUCCUGCCGUUCUCUCCUCUCCUUAGUAAUAUGCCUACAGGCAAGCCGGGGCCCAAGCAAGUGAUCACUACUGUCACAGCACCGAUCGUACAUCUGUGGCCUUUGCUGCUCUGCAAGGCGUUGCUAAAGUUGGCGGCUCCUGACAUGAAUUCUGAUGAGGAGCUGGAUUCUGUGGAAGACGAGCCGAUGCCUGAGUUCAACAUGAUGCAUGCCCUUACGGGGGCAAUGAACUUGACAUACAACGUCAGUGAUAUCGAAGAGCUCUGGAACCUGCUCACAACAGAAGUGCCAGUGUUCGGCUGGGAUGAUGACGAUGACACACUAGCCAGCACUGUCAAGUCAAGGAGCACCAAGAAGCCCACCACCAAAGAGGCUGCUGUGGUAAGGCGAAGCUCAAUGACUUUCGUAACUAUCGGCGACUCGAAGAACCAUGCGCCUUACGCCCUGCCAGGGAUCACUCCCGCGCAUGAGAUGGAGUUGAUCGUCAGCAUGGCCAGAGACCUGCCAUUGAAGAAACCUUUGCCAGAGCCCGACGUAGCAUUAUGGAAGCACUACCGUUGGGUAGACUGGGCCCGUAGGCAUGGGCUGUACGAGGCUUAUGACUGCCCUAGAACUAGAUUCCUCAAGGUCAACGGACUACUGAAACUUUCUUAUGCACCCCAUUUGUUGGAUGUGCAGAGCACGGAGUCAAUCACUGCUGGGUUUAGAGAGGAACACGACAAAACUACUGCUCCACCGAUCAAGAAAGGUGCAAAGGAUGUUAAUAGAUCUAAUACAGGCAACCUUGCAGCCUCACAACAAGCUAAAGAUGAGCUUCGGGAGUGGAUUCAGUUCAAUCCAAUCUACGAACUCAUCAAAAGCGUCAGCAUCGUCUUCUACCCAUCGAUGUACCAAUUCACGUCAGCAGCCAGCUGUCCCCCAAUCAGAGUUACGAAAGGAGCUGUCAACAAACCAGUAGACAUUGCUGCUCCUAAGUCAGCACCUUUGUACCUUCAAAUCGACGGCCCAGAAGAAAAUGUCCUAAGAAUAUCUUUGAGUGCUCUUCAUCCAAGGAUUCUGAUGAAUAGUGGAGUUCCAAUUGUGGACUACAUAGAGCAUGCGUAUCUUAUUCUGGAGAAGUUUGAAUGGUUCGUGGACUGUGAAAUUCCUGUGGCAAAAGCGUUUGUGCAAACACGAGGGUAUGAUUCGGUUGAGAUCAUGUUUGAACCGGGAAGGCACAUUUGCAGAAUUUGGGUGCAUUCAAGAAUGAACUGGCAUGUGAUGCUGCUCAGUGAGUCCACCCUUCUCUUGGGCACAAGAGACAUGAUCCACUGUGCUGCCGUCAGGGAAUGUCCAUGGGCUGCUAGAUUUCUUACUAAUUUGAGUUUAGCAUUCUCCAACUGGAUUCGCAUAAACAGGUCAAAUACCAACGUUCUGGCAACUGAUAGAGAAUUUUAUAAAUCAUACCAGCCAGAUCUUACUUGGGAACCAGAAGAGGUGGGCUAUGACAAAUCUCUUCUUCACUGGAUGUUCAGACAAGCGCUUCAGUCUUUACUGGCCAAAAAACUACAACCAGUAGACUAUCGCAACGUCUGCAUUGUACUAAGACGCUACUUUUGCGACCCUGACUUUGGUAUACCAGAGAAACCGCGUCCGGGUAAAUCUUUGAGGGAUAUAGCAACUAUGGAUCCAUGUGACUGUCUUGUACCUGAAGCUGAGGAAAUAGAAAUGGGAGAGGAAAUAUUGGAAGAGCAGCAAGUCGGUGAGGAAAAGCCCCUCGUAGAUGAGGCCAAAAUGGCACAACUGCUAACUCCUCCUGUCGAUCCUAUCACUUCCCAAGUUUGUGAGCUAGCAACAGAAGAGCUCCCCUGUGGGAUAUUAAAGGAAGAAAGGGAGAAAGUCAUCAGAAGACAUGAAGCAGCAACGGUUCUUCAAGCUCACUGGAGAGGCACCUGGGCUAGGAAAUGUUUGACUGCGCAUGUUAUUUUUACACCGGAAGUAUUGAAAGCUAUAAUGGACAACGCAUUUGGAAACCUCGAAGCUCUAUCAGCCCUGAUGAAUGAGUUCUUCGCUAUGUACCCCAAAACGAAACCUGCCUACUCUGUCGCUUCUGCACUUACCGGCAGAUACGGCUUACGCCAAUUUACAGGUUCGACUCCCAUCACACCCAAAUGCAAGUGGAUUCCGUAUUUCCAAGGGGUCUUUUUCUGCCAUAGCCCUGUCAAAGUACAUUUCGACGUGCAGAGCUCAUUGCAGUACAGUACCAUCGCUGUGUACAAUAACGAUAAUGGAGCUCAGAUGCCUCAAGUUUAUAAUGCUCAUAUUACUUUUGACUUUGAGCCGAAUCUUCAUGGCUACACCGUAAUGGGCCACGGCACCCUCAACCAGCCCUCGGGCAUCAAUACCGAAGUCCACUGGCAGUUGACAGUCCUCUGCAGCAUCGAUGAGGUCUUCCACAUUUGUGACAACGACCCUGACGGCUGCAGGGAGUUGCCUCUUCCUCACUCCCAUAAACUGCAUUUGGAUGAAAUAUUUAUACCGAAUAGGAGGAAUAUCCUUGGAGGGAUUCUGAUUUCGGUGGUGAAGCAUGAAGCGGUUAGCUUUAGAGCUGCUGCCACUUCGCCUGAUUUGGAGAUAGAAGUAAUCCUACGGACAACAACAGACGGCGUAGUCCAAGAGCUGGCCAAGUGUUCUGGCAAAGGAGAGGUGCAUUGGCCUUACGUGAGGCUGGAGCCAGCUGUUUUACCAGCUACUUCAUCGAUGAAGAGGACCUCUACAUCACAGGCCAAUUUACCCACGGGUCGUGACAUCGCCAGUGCUCGGUCUCUGAAGUCACCAAAAUCAGCAAAACCAAGUCCCAGUGCAAAGAAUAGAUCAACAACCAAGUUGAAAAAUCUGCCACCUGAUCCGAAACAAUAUUCGAUUGAGGUGAUAGCCCCCAACGGAUGGCCACUAACACUAGCUCAAUGGAAGAGAGUGGAUGAAAUACGCAAUUCCAAUGGAUUCACUAAAAUUGACAUUCAGCCAAAGAAACCAGUGAAAGAUAAGCCUGCCUCAGCCAAAGACAAGGAGAAGGAAAAAGAAAAAAGCCAGCCGGUCUCCUCAGCCCACCAGCCUCAGCCAGACGACGCGUACAUUGUCCUGGAGUGCGCACUAGCGAUUGGAGGAGGAGCCUACGCUAGGCGGGAUGAUGAGAGGGACCUGGAGUUUGCAGCAGCCAUCAGGCUGUGGGACGCUAGGGAGCCUGGGAGGAACAGUAGAGGCGCUCAGAUAAGGAAAGAUUUCAGGGCCGAAUUCCUGGAAGCGCUGCCUCCGCCGCCUUCUGAGAGUUUACAUUCGCUAAUAGAGGAAUCUUUUGCUGAGGAGCUUGGUGAAGAGGAAAAAAAGGAGCCACAACAGUUGCAACAAGGACCGACGCCGGCCACGGAGAGUGGAAUGUUGGAGAUGACCGUCGAAAGCGAGGAAGAAGCAAGAUAUUUGACAAUGCCAGAACAACUAAAGGACAAGUUCAUACCAUUGUACUUUUUGCCGUUCUGCACGAAGGAAAAAGACGAAUCGGAAAGUAUCCUCAUAUCACCUGACAUGGCCGAGGCAGCAAAGAAGGAGCGACACGCGCGCAUCGAGGCAGCGCUAGAAAGGAUGCGAGAGCUUCAGCAUUACAAUGAACAGUUCGUGCUAGGGCGGCAGAAGAAGAGGUGCCAGCUCUUGGAGAAGCUGUUCGUUGAUUCUCAAUGGAACCCAGAGUUAAACGAAGUGCUAGAAGAAAGAGACGACGCUAUAGCUCGCGAGACCCUAAACAGAACACUAUCGGCGACUAAAAAGAAACUAGAUGCUAAGAAGAAGUAACUGAAUAAGAAAAGAUGAAUUUGCGUUAAUUUUACUGAA